AUGGGGCAGACUGCAACACACGUUGAUGUUAACUACACAUCAAUAAAUUACACCGAAAAUAUAGUACAGUAUGAUAGAGAUGAGUGUGUUGUUGCUGAUGAUCCAAAAUAUCCAAGUAGCUUUGGAAUUACCCUUGCAGUUCCAGAGUGGGAGGCAAUAUGUACAGCAAUAGUUCUCACACUAAUAAUAAUCUCAACUAUAAUUGGAAAUAUUCUAGUCAUUCUAAGCGUGUUUACAUAUAAACCUCUGAGGAUUGUCCAAAACUUCUUCAUUGUGUCUCUUGCAGUAGCAGAUUUAACAGUAGCAAUAUUAGUUCUACCCCUGAACGUAGCGUACUCUAUUCUUGGGCAGUGGGUGUUUGGCAUAUAUAUAUGCAAAAUGUGGCUCACUUGCGACAUAAUGUGUUGCACUUCAUCCAUAUUAAAUCUAUGUGCGAUCGCUUUAGAUAGAUACUGGGCUAUCACUGAUCCUAUAAACUAUGCACAAAAAAGAACUUUAGAAAGAGUUCUCCUCAUGAUUGGAGUAGUUUGGAUUCUCUCAUUAAUUAUUAGCUCACCACCAUUGCUUGGGUGGAACGAUUGGCCAGAUGUGUUCGAACCUGACACACCCUGCCGUUUGACAUCUCAACCCGGCUUUGUUAUUUUUUCUUCUUCCGGUUCGUUUUACAUCCCAUUAGUCAUAAUGACAGUAGUUUACUUUGAGAUAUAUUUGGCCACUAAAAAAAGACUCAGAGAUCGUGCUAAGGCUACAAAAAUAAGUACGAUAUCAAGCGGUCAGAAUCGAGGCACAAAUAAGGACAACGACCAGCACGAUCAGGAUUCUGUAAGUUCCGAGGCAAAUCAUAACGAACAUCAAGGAGUGACUCGUUUGGUCUCCGAUUCAGAAAAGAAAAGAAGAACUAGAAAACUGACACCGAAGAAAAAGACAAAGAAACGAUAUUGGAGCAAAGACGAUAAAUGUCAUAAUAAACUCAUAAUACCUAUCUUAUCAAAUGAAAAUUCAGUUACGGAUGUAGCGGAAAACUUAGAAAAUAGGAACACAUCGUCAGAAAGUAACUCAAAAGAAACUCAUGAAGAAGACUUGAUUGAAGUUAAUGAAACCGAAAAAACUGUAAAAAGUCAUAAACGUCCUAAACCCUGUCAGCAAAACAUUGUUUACCAAUUUAUUGAAGAAAAACAACGUAUUUCUUUGACAAGAGAGCGUCGCGCCGCUAGAACUCUAGGCAUUAUAAUGGGAGUAUUUGUAUUUUGUUGGCUACCUUUUUUUGUUAUUUAUCUUGUGAUACCCUUUUGUGUUGGUUGCUGUUUGUCAAACAAAUUUAUCAAUUUCAUUACUUGGCUUGGCUACAUUAAUUCCGCACUAAAUCCUUUGAUAUACACCAUAUUCAAUAUGGAUUUCAGGAGAGCAUUCAAAAAGUUACUUUGUAUGAAACCGUGA